AUGUCUAGCCAAAACCCUUUUGCUCGCAAGGUUGAAUACGAACAGCGGCAGGAAGACAAGGAGCCGGUGCGUGAGGCUAAUAGUUUCUACUUUGUGCAAAAGGCUGCAGAGAGUGCAGAUGAUCCGCUGCCAGCGGACAAGAAGACACUUGAGAAACCGGUGGGAUUAAAUCUGGUUACCGACUUUUCGCUAAAGGCUCCGACACCCCAGAUUAAACUAGACACGGGGUUCGUAGAUCUGAAUGAUCUUAAGGUCCUGUCGAAAGAAAGGGCGGAAGAAAGGUCUGCGCGGAAGGUUAAGAGGAUCUUGAAGAAGGGAACAAGUCGAGAAUCUCCACAACUCGCCGAUGAAUCUUUCGGCUCGGUUAGAAGGCGAUCGCCCUUGUUCGAUUGGAAGACUGGGGGCUCACCAAAGAGGAGAGGCAAGGAUGAGUUAUCUCCUUCUGACAGACCGAUCAUGAUUGGUUUCAGUAUGCCACGCGAUGAACGGAGGAAAAGAUAUUCCAAAGAGCUUGACGUUGCAGAUAGUCAGCGGACGCCACUCACACCCUCAAUAGUUGUCACUCCAGCAAAGGAGGAUGAUUUCUGGGCAGGCUUUAGUCAAGUUUGCAAUCCUCCUCGAGCCACAUCCAGCAUUUACUCCCAACCCACGCCACGUCUGGAGAAGAGCGAGUUAGAUAUCCCGCCAGUACCUGCCAUUCCAUCAGAGCAUGUGGGGUCUAAAAGUGAAUUCAUGGACCAAGAAACGCUCAAGAGGCAGUCUCUGGCAUCGAGGAAAUGCCGUUCGUACUCCACAGGUACGGGCUUCGAGGAAGAUGUCCGACUGCGGGCGGGACUGCGUUCAAGGUCAUACUCCAGUGAAAGCGUUAAAAGAGCUUUCGAUCGCUUGAGCGGUUUUGACAGGAUGAGUCGAUUGAGUGUUAAUACGGAAAUGAAUAGACAUCUGUCUCAAGGAUGGUGGACAUACCUUCUUUCGCCCUUGUUAGAUCGUACAAACACAAUCACUAGUCGAAAGACACUAAUCGAUGCCCCUCGGCCCCCUGUACCCAGCAUUUCUACUCAACUGACAGGAUCAAGCGACGAGUGGUGGGAGAAGGAGGUGUCCUACUUUUCCCCCGAUACCCCUGAAAACACGGUAGCCAAUCGAGGUAUAGCCGAUUGGCAUCCUUCACAAAAUAACCCUUUCGCUGAUGAUAAGGCAGUCGACUUCCAAGUCGAAUAUCAGGACGGCCAGAACAGAUCAUCGUUUGUGUUCCCCGGUCGGGCAGUUCAGGGCGCUGCUGCCGAGUAUUAUCAAGCAUGUGCACAUGAACUGUUCAGCGGGAGACCUUACUUCGAAUGCAUCAACCAUGUCUGUUCACUAACCCCUAGAGACAAAAUACCGACCAUCAAUACGGAUACCACAAGAGACAGUGAUUCAGGUGCAAAGGGUCUACUCAUUGACGUAGAUGAUGCGCCGAAGGGUGUCAAUGAAGGAUCACGACAUUCAAAAUCUACAGAUAUUCCGGCUGCGACUUGUUCUUGGACUCCACAAACUGUUGUUGAUAAACGGCCAGAUACUCCUGCGGAGAGUCCAAAGGAAGACAAUAGCUCCCAAAAAGACAGGAUAGAACCCCCCAAGGGAGAGUCUUCCAAGCCGGGUCCCAAGGAGGCUAUUAUGGAAGAGGAGGAGCCUGGGCAUUCAACAGGCAACCAACCUGAGAAGCAGAGCCGCAAGCCUUUUGUUCAGCCGGCACAGCCAACAAGUACUGUCCCGCCGCCAGUCAAUAAUAUAUACCUCCAGUCCGCCCCUGGGCUAUCUUCUGCCCCCGUCUCUAUCACGGAACGAGUUGUUCCUCAAUACGUAGUGAUUCCUACGAGCCAAGGAGCGCAAAAGCAUGAGAUCCAACCACAAGCACAACCGCAAUCCCCUGGCCCUAUAUCCCCUGGCUUGCAACGGAUGACGGAAAAGACGGGCUCUAUCCCUCUAUCUGAUAUGCACUCUAGCCCGGCGCCUGCAUAUGUGUCUCGUCGCAAUACCCCAGCCACAUUACCGCCCCGCAUGGAUCCUCUCCCGAUUACACGGGAAGCGACGACGCAUCCAGCUACAGAAAGGGAUAGAAUAGAGUCUCAACGAAGGAGACUCGAGAAGGAGGAUGCGAUUGGUAAAAAGGCUGGUGGGCUAUGGCGCGGUAGAGGUUGUUUCAGUAACAAGGGAUGUUUCGGGAGACCUGGCCGUGAAGGUCGAUUGAGACGUCGAUGGUAUGCGGCUAUUGCUUCAUUCUUCAUUAUCAUCGUCGUGGUCGCUCUUGUCCUCUCUAUAAUGCUCACCAGAAAGGGGGACGAGACUCCGGUCCAGUCGCAAUGGCUAAACCUCACUGGUUAUCCACCUAUGCCGACAGGCAUUGCAACGAUUGCUGGGCCCGAGCCACAAGUGCAAAACUCAGGCUGUAUCACGCCUUCUACUCUCUGGAGUUGCGCCUUGCCUAAUGAACAGCAGUCGGCAAACAAGCCCUAUGCUGCUAAUCAGCCUAACUUUCGAGUCGAGAUCCGAUUUCGUAACGGGACGUAUUCGUAUAACGCAACUGUUGCGUCGAAGUUUAGCAAAGCAAAAGCUACUAAAAGAUCUGACAAUCUGUUCAGACCGUCGCCGUCCCCACCAGACAUGAAAGACCAAACAUUCUUGGGGAACACUACGGAUAAGAAUCAAGUUCCCUACGCGGGCGAAGAGACACCCUUCUACAUGACAAUACUCUCACCCCUCCAGAUGUCCACCCCCAAAUUGACACGGAGAUCAGACGAUCCCUUUCCCAAUAUUGAAUCGCUCAUUCCCUCGCCAGAUCUGGACUCCGAUGGCACUGCUGCAGCCGCGACGCUCUAUCCUCUUCCCGAGUCACAACCUGUGCUACUCUACGACCGCGGGCGGGACAGCGAGCACUAUGGCUUCUAUACCUACUUCGACCGGCCUAUUUUCCUUGAAUCAACUGCUCCGCUCAAUGGUGCUAAGAAGGAUGAUUCUGCAAGUGAUGCCAACGGUGGUCCGAGCAAGGCACACGCCCGAGUCAGGUGUACCUGGGCUCAAACACGCUUCCUUGUCCAGAUAUGGACCCGCCCGGGAAAGACUCUCCUCAGUAAUAGCUCAUCUGCCGCAACGCCAACGCCAACACACACGGGAAUUUCUAAUCCAAUCAGCUCAAGCUCUGCUACUGACUUCGUCCGUCCCGGCUCCUUCCCGUACCCUGUAACCAUCACCAUCGACCGACAUGGAGGGGUGGCAGAGAAGAAGAUGGUGUACUGCUAUGGCAUGGAAUCAGAUCAGCAUAUCAACUCGACUGAAAAGAAGUUACAGAUUGAAGACCGCGGGUUCGGUGGCAAGUUGGUCAGCCCGGCACCUGGAAUCUUUAAUAUAUCCGAUUCUGCGUUGAGAUACCACCGCCUCUGGGCCCACCGAUCCUACUCCGCCUCAACGCCCCUAAAAUGGCUCCUUGCAGCCUUCGGCGCCGGCAGCCUCCAAGGCUCAAUCCGCUUCUGGGUCCGCGAACACCGCCUCCACCACCGCUACACAGACACCGACCUAGAUCCCUACACCGUAAAGAAGGGCUUCUUCCACGCGCACAUCCUAUGGGUCCUCCUCCGCCAGCCGCCCAACGAAAGGAAAACACGAGCCCGGGUCAGCCUCGCAGACAUCGACCACGACCCUGUCGUCGUCUGGCAACACAAGUACUACUUCCUCGCCGGCUUCGGCAUGGGCUGGCUACUCCCUUGCCUGGUUGCCGGAGUAGGGUGGAACGACUGGGCAGGCGGGUUCCUCUACGCGGGCGUCCUGCGAGCCUUCUUCGUCAAUCAGGCGACGUUCUGCGUUAAUUCCCUCGCGCAUUACCUGGGCCAUCAGCCGUAUGAUGAUCGGCACACGCCGCGGGACCAUCUGCUCACUGCGCUGAUUACACUCGGGGAGGGGUUUCAUAACUUCCAUCAUGAGUUUCCGUCGGAUUAUCGGAAUGGGAUCGAGUGGCAUCAGGUUGAUGUGACGAAGUGGUUUAUUUGGGUGUGUGGGCUUGUGGGGUUGGCGGGCGAUUUGAAGAGAUUUCGGUAUAAUGAGAUUGCUAAGGCGAGGGUUCAGCAGAGGUUCAAGCGGCUUGAUGAGGAGAAGCGGCGUCUGGAAUGGGGGACGCCGUUGGAGGAGCUUCCUGUUAUGGACUGGACUGAGUACCGGGAGAGAGUGGGUAAGGGGGAGGUGCUUGUCGUUAUUGAGGGUGUCGUGCAUGACGUGCAGGGUUUCAUAGAGGAACAUCCGUGGGGCGAGUCUGCUAUUAGGGGUAUGCUGGGGAAAGAUGCUACGCCGCCAUUCAAUGGGGGUGUCUAUGACCAUUCUCGCCCUGCGAGGAAUCUUUUGGCUACUAUGCGGGUUGCGGUACUUCGCGGCGGUGGGGAGGUGGAGUGCUGGAAGUAG